AUGUUAAUCAAAAGUGAAUUAUCUCAAUAUAAAAUUGAAUUGAUCGAUUGUUUUGGUGAACAUCAGUCGCAGCUAUUCUAUGGUCGUAUUCGUAUUUAUAAUCCAUGCUGGAAUAAUAAUAGUAAUAAGUGUUCGAGAUCACUAUUGGAUAUUAAAUUAGGACAGACAAUACCAUUGGAUAUAAGUGAUGGGAAUAAUCAGCCUGUUCUAUGCAUUCCUAUACAUUUCUUUCAACGUCUUAAUGAUAAACACAAUGAAAAGAAUAGAGAAACAACCGGUGGAUAUACUACUAAUAAUACUACUACUAAUAAUAAUGGAUGUAUACAAUUGAAAAAUGGUUUUCAUAAGUCUUCUUCAGACAAUGUGGAUUAUAAUAAGAUCAAUAAUGACAAUACUAAUAAUAAUUCAGGAUUAUCUAUACUAUCCUAUGACUCUUUGAAUGAAUUCACACAUCAAUCGUCUUCAUCAAAUGAAAUUGAUACAAUAAUGGAAUGGAAUAAUAAAAUAAUAAGUAAUAUUUGUCAAGCUAAUAGUGCUUUAGCUACAAUCCGAGUAUACUUUCCAGUGAAAUUAAUGAAUUCCGCGAAUGAGUUAAAAAUUAGCACAGAUCUUAAAAAAAGAUUUCACCUCCCUCCGCAUCAACAUGAAUUUGUCGCCUAUCCAGAAUUGUUAACCCUGUCAAUUGAUCAAUUAUGUGUGAGCAUACUGAAAGGAUUAUCAACAGCAAAUUCAUUGAUUCCGUACACCUUAUCAAUGCCAAAGGAAUUUUGUAAGUCAGAGAAAAGUCAGCUAAUGCAUAAUCAACUACACCCUGAUGAUAUGAUGGAGAAAACAGAAGAAAAUAAUCAUGAUGACAAGGGAGAGAGAAACAAUCAAUCCUACAGGAGAUAAACAUCUUAAAAUUAUUCUUCAACAUCUUCAACAAAAUUUGUGAAUAAAUUAUCAAUGGUUCAAUGAACAUGAUUAUUGAAUUUUUUUCAUAUUCAAAUUUCGCUCUGUAGAUUAAUUGUCAUUUCAACUAUUCGAUGAUAACUCGAUGAGUCAUGCGCAUAUCAUCUCUAAAUCUACAUGUUGUUUGUAAAUGCGUUUAUUUGGUGUAUGUAUGUAUAUGCCUUGUGAAUUUGGGAAUCGGCUACAAGUGUGUGCGUAUGUAUGUGUGUAUAUAUGUGUGUGUGGAUAUGCCUGUUGUCCUAGUUAUAAAAGCGUUUAAAGGAUAUACAUUAUUAUUUUAGCCUUAGGGGAAUUGGCUCAGUGUAAUGCAUAAAUUCACUGAAGUGUAUGACCGAAUUCACGUUUGUUUGUGUUUUUCUUGUAUCGAUUUCUUUCCAUUUCUCGGGAUAUAGUGAAAAGUAAUGGGGGGGGGGUUGUUUGGGUGGUUGGUUGUUUGUUUGUCCGAGAUUCAAAGGAGCGGGGAGGGGGGCGGGAGUGAGAAUAUUCUAGAAACUUUUGUUUGUAUUUUUAAUUCAGUUGCAGUGUUGAUGAAAAUUAG